UUAAAUAUAAUUUCUUCUAGUAGCAACUAAAACGAAGAGAUGCCCCAGAAGCAGAAACCCCGACGCUCCUGGUUGGAGUUGAAACAAGCUGGAAACGAGCGCUUCAAGACGGGUCAGUAUGGAGAAGCCACCGGUCUGUACUGCGAUGCCAUCAAAGAGCUGGAGAAGUCCAAUGAAAAGAAUCCAGAAGAUUUGGCCAUUUUGUACUCGAAUCGUGCAGCCAGCUACUUGAAGGAAGGAAACUGUGCCGAGUGUGUGAAGGACUGCAACAUGUCUCUGGAGUUGUAUCCGUUUAACGUGAAGUCUCUGCUCCGUCGUGCGGCUGCGUCUGAAGCUCUGGAGCGGUACAGGCAGGCGUAUGUGGACUACAAGACGGCUCUGCAGAUCGACUGCAACAUCGCAGCUGCUCACGACGGCACCAACAGGAUGUCGAAGGCGCUCACAGAGGCCGACGGUCCCUCAUGGAGAGAAAAGCUUCCUCCCAUCCCCACGGUUCCUCUGUCCAUCAGAGAGAAACUCACCCAGCAAACUACCAACAACACCCCGAAACAGAACGGCAGCAGAGAAGUAAAGAAAAAGGCUCCCAGUGACAAAAACAUCAAGAAAGCCCAGGCGCAGAAAGAAGAAGGCAACGCUCUGGUGAAGAAAGGAGAGUAUAGAAAGGCCAUAGAGAGAUACAGCCAGAGCCUGAAGAACAACCCCACCGAGGUCACCACCUACACCAACCGGGCGCUGUGUUACCUGUCAGUGAAGCAGUACAGAGACGCCGUCAGAGACUGUGACGACGCUCUGAUGAUUGACAGCAGCAACAUUAAGGCUCUCUACAGGAGAGCUCAGGCUCACAAGGAACUCCAGAACCCUAAAACGUGUGUGGACGACCUGAACAACCUGCUCAAAGUGGAUCCAAAGAACACAGCUGCACUGAAGCUGCUGCAGGAAGUGCAGAAGAAGAAGUGAGGCUGCAUCAGGGACUGCGGAGGCAGCGGUGAGGAUCCUGCACCGAGAGAAGAGCAGAGAGGACGACGAGUUAAUGAUGUUUAUAUAAGAGUCGGGCGGCCGAUCCGCGGCGCCAUUCAAACGGCAGAACGUGCGUUUCCCAAAAGCUCCUUCACCCUGAACUCGUGUUCACUCUCAAACAUAAGUUCGGACUUGAGACGCUUCUGGAAGAAGAGGAGGAAGAGACGUCGCCGCGUUCAGCCUCAGGAACGUUUGUACUUUUACCAGUUUGAAUUUAAAAGCAAAAAUUAUUGACCCACAAGAUAAAAGGAGUAUUUCCUGCAGAACAACAAAACACGUCACAGUUUCCAACGUCAGUUCUGGGUUUGAGUUCAUUCGUGUCUCGUCAGAAUUCAGUCAUUUCGUUCGACAAUCAGUCCAAAACAAAAACGUAUUGAAAGUGGAUCAAAGUCUUUUUCGGUUUAGAAGCUGACACCGAAGAACAGUUUGAGGUUUUUUUAACUUUAAAAAUUUGAGACAAACAGAUUUUCAAAAAACCUGCGUAAAUAUAUUUACAUGAACGUUCCCCCACGAGUUCGAUCCAGAGCAGAGCGGACCCGGAGAGAUAUUUAGACUUAAAAGAAAAAGAAAAUCCAAUAUCCAGAAGUUGUGUUCAGAUUUUUUUCUCUAUUUAUUCUGUAAAAAUUCACAUCGACAAACAAACGCAGACACUGAUUCGUCGGUGAGAGGCUGAAACUGCUGACGCAAACAAAGGUUUAUUCAAUAUUUCAUUCACAAGCCUUCUUUUUUUCUUAAUUUACUUAUUUAUGCUACGUUUGUUUUUCUGAGGUUUUGAUUUCAUGGUCACGCUGUCAUGAGGUGGAGACGGCAGAUAAAUAAAGCAUCGUCUCGGUCAUUUUGAGAUUUUCUCCAAGUUGCGAUCGCAGUUGGAUCUUCUGAAACUGUUAAUUCUAAAAAAAAAAAAAAGAAAGACCGACGCAGCAUCGGUGUUCAGUCAUUUGCUCAGUUUGCACAUUGAUUUCAAAGCGUCCCCAGCCCGUCCCCUCACGCCGCCCGUUCCACAGGAAGUGUUGGUACCUCCUCUCACACGUCUGAACCAUGAGUCUCAAUCCUCCGUUUCAUUUGUUUAUUUCUUUAGAAUUAAAGUUUCCUCUGGUUCUGUUUGAACGACUCAAACCUGCAAACUUAGUGACACUUUUCAAACGGGUCUUCAUCCACUGUUUGCUCUUGUCAUUUUUUCUUUUUUUUCUUUGUUUUAUUGUGAAAUACGUGUGGAGUGCUCUGGAUUUAGUUUCCGCGCAUCUUGUUAAAGUACAACACAUGAGUUUGUCAGAGAAACAUCAAACGUCCUGACGUUUACGAGGAGGAGGAGGAGGAGGAGGAGGAACAUAUCAGCGUUGGUUCAUGUUUGAAAGUCGAGACGCUGCACGUGUGUGUGAAAGUCUUUACGUAAGAGAUUCUUGGUUUUGUCACAUUUCUUGUAACUUGUUCAUAUCGCUUCUGUCAACCUGCUUCGGUUUAACUGCAAUUAAAGUGAAUAGAUCUGCA